AUGAUGAAACUUGACAGCUUCUCCAUAAUGUUUGUUCUUGUUUUUCUAUCUGUGUCAAUAUUUUCGGAAGGUCUUCCUGGUGGAUGGAACCCAAUCAAAAACAUCAAAGAUCCACAAGUGUUGGAGAUAGCUCAAUUUGCAGUUACAGAGCAGCAGAAAAAAUCAGGUGUUAAACUCAGUCUGGUGGAUGUGAUCAGUGGUGAGACUCAGAUUGUUGCAGGAAUUAACUAUCGUCUUGUAUUGACGGCAAACGAUGGAUCUGUCACCAAGAAAUAUCAGGCUCAAGUUGUUGAUGAACCUAACCAUACCAGAUCCCUCAUUUCCUUUAAAUCUCUUUCUUGA